AUGUUAUAUAAUGUUAGGACCAUCGAAAGGGAGAAAAAAAAUAAUAAAAUAAUUUUUUUUUCCUUUUAUUACCUUCCAUUUUCUUUCACUUUUUUUUUUUGUUCUGUUCUUUUUUUUCUUUUUUUAGGCAGAUUAGAUAGAGGAUUAGAGAAACUUAAGGAAGCAUUUACAGACAACCUAAUUAAUUUUCAGCCGCUCCUUGCAAAAUGCAAGGAGGGAGUAGAUAAAACUAGUAAUCCCGUCUAUAAAACACAUAAAGAUGUUUUAUGUGAAUAUAUAACUUCUGCUGUUAGAGGUACUUACGGGAAUAAAAAAUCUGAUACAGGUUCUGUGUUCAGUGGUUUAAAACGUAGGGAUCGUUGUUAUAUUUUAAGAAUAUGUAUGAAAUAUUUAAGGCACCACUCUUGUAUAUCGGAGGAUGAUGUUACUAAGAUUUUAGAGGCAAUGAAAGAUCGAGUUAAUACUUGGACAUUACAGAAAGGAACGGAGGAAAAGAAUAAAAAUGCUUUUGGUAGGUGUAUAAAAAAACCAUGGAAUAAAAAUUAUCAGGGAGAAAAUGAUUUAAAGUGUAAAGUAAUUAAAAUAAUUAAGGAUAGUGAUAGAGGUAAACCGGACCAAUUAGGGAAGAUCAAACCAUCAGGGGGAGGAAGUGGAACUUGCCCUAUGAAUUAUGACAACGGUUGUACUAACGGCACCGCAGUUGGCGGCCCUGCCGCCGCAGGUGGAGGCGGCGGCGUCGACGUGGACAGCGAAGAAGAUAGCGAAGACGAAGAUGAUGAUGAGGAUGAUGAUGAUGGUGUUCCUACUCCAUCAGCACCAGCAAUAUCGUCCUCAUUAGGACAAGGGAUAAGGAGUUCAUCCCUAUCCCUUCCAGGAGGGAAAGGGAGGGGGAAGGGAAGGAACCUUCCCUUCCCUUCCCUUUCUUCCAUUUCUUUCGACUCGAUUCAUCCUUACCUUCCUUUAGUUCCUUCUAUCCUUGGAAUUAUCACCAUAACUUAUUUCCUUUGGAAGUAUUUUGGCCAACUGGGUAAAAUAAGACGUUUCAGAAGAUCUCCUCCUGAAAUUCCUGGUCCAUCAGUACAGGAACAAGUCCUCGAUCAUGUGCAACAAGAUAGUUCACAUGAAUAUCGAUUGGUGAAGGAACGAAAACCUCGUUCUGCUCCAACAAGAACAAAACGUUCUGGUCGCGAUCCUGCUGGUAGUGGUCGCGUGAAUCGUCGAACGAUUAUUGAAAUUCAUUUUGAAGUGUUGGAUGAAUGUCAAAAAGGGGACACACAAGUGAACCAGAAGGAUUUUCUGGAACUUUUGGUUCAAGAGUUCAUGGGAUCGGAAUUUAUGGAAGAAGAACAGGUUCCUAAGGAAGAAGUUCUUAUGGAACAUGUUCCAAUUUUAGGUUCCAGGUUAAUGGUUUAA